AUCUUCACCAAGGCGCGGGAAUCUAUCAACGAUGGCAGCGUGCACGUCAAUAUCGGCCACUGUCACUAUGCGCGGGAUGAGUUCGACCGUGCUAUCGAGAGUUACGAAACCGCUUCUACUCGCUUCUACAGCGGCCACAAUGUGCCCGUGCUGCUGUGUCUUUGCAGGUCUUGGUAUGCGAAGGCAACGAAGGAUGUGUCCUUUGCGUCGAUGAACACCGCUUUGAGCUAU